GGAGCUCCCAGCCAACCCUCUUUCCAUCAGCGAGGAUGAUAAUGCGUGAUGCUCCGCUUGGGCUGCUUCCAUGUCAUGACGGAUGCUGAGCUGCGUCCCACCCCUCUGCCCCACACGAAUGCUGCUGCUCCAUGGUGCCAACAGACGGACAUUACACGGCUGAGGAAAACAACAAACAGCCUCCAUCACUAGGGUUGAGAUUAUCACCAGUGUAGGUCGGUUUUAAUGUCCGAGUGCCGCCAUGGCGAACAGGGGACCAAGCUAUGGGCUCAGCCGUGAGGUCCAAGAGAAGAUUGAACAGAAGUACGACGUGGAUUUGGAGUCUCGGCUUGUGGAAUGGAUCCUGGUCCAGUGUGGUGACGACUUGGAGCGACCUGAACCCGGCAAACAGAACUUCCAGAAAUGGCUCAUGAGCGGAACAAUUCUCUGCCGGCUCAUCAACAGUCUGUACCCCAGUGGUGAGGAACCAAUUAAGAAAAUUACAGAAAGCAAUAUGGUGUUCAAGCAAAUGGAAAAGAUUUCUCAGUUCCUGCAGGCUGCUGAAGAAUAUGGAGUCAACAGAGGAGACAUAUUCCAGACUGUUGAUCUUUGGGAAGGAAAGGACAUGGCUGCAGUCCAGAGGACACUGAUGGCUCUAGGAAGUGAAGCUCUCACAAAGGAUGAUGGACAUUACCGUGGAGACAAAGACUGGUUUCACAGGAAAGCCAAGGGCCACAAGAGGGAGUUUUCAGAGGAGCAGCUGCGUCAAGGUCGCAGUCUUAUCGGCUUGCAGAUGGGAAGCAAUCGUGGAGCAUCUCAAUCUGGGAUGGUAGGGUACGGCACCCCACGACAAAUCAUGCGGUAUGACUCUCCUCGACACAACGGACAUCAGACCAAUCCCUAAAAAUGACAAAUUUCAGUAUUUAAAAUCUCUGCUGGAGCCAAAAGCCUAAUGUAGAGCUCCACUUGUAGGAGGAAUGUGUACAUGUGUGUAUAUAUAGAUAUACGGUGGACUGCUGCUGCUUACACCAGUCCUAGAAUUACACACAUUAGUGUUGUCCCCUCACCCACAAUGCACCAGUGCCGACUGUUACUGUCUCUCAGGCAAGCUCCAGAUCAUGGCCAAAAUGUGCAAAAUGAACAGUUUAAUUUGAAAAUAGUAUCAAAUGUGAUAGAUGAAAUGUGCAUCUCUCUAAACAUGUAGCCCUUUAAGAACGGUAAGCUGACAAUCUGGUACUUGAACGUCUGACGUCCAUUUACAAUUACACAUUUGGCUGUUGCUUUUACCCAAAGCAACCUAAAAGUCCUUUUAAGGUAUUGUGUCCUGUAAAUCAAACCCCUGACAUUGGCGUUGUAAGCGCCAUGCUCUACCAGUUGGGCUGUAUGAGUUGUGCAUGCUGUGCAAUAGGAAAGUACAAAAGAAAAGACUAUUUUUACUUCAAGCCAUAUGUAACCAAUCAUUGUGUCAAGAUAAACAGUGCUCAAGAUAUUAUUGUAUUUGGUUAUGGUGAUAUUGUGCUAACAAAUGUACACUCUUAUUGAUGUAUACUGUCUAACUAUAAAGGUUCCUGUUAGCAGAACGCGCCAAACUAAUCGACUCAGGUCAUUCUGUAACGUCUUCGCAAAAUGUCAUGGUUGUGCUUAUAGAUUUCUGAUGUCACUGCAAAGAACUGACGCUAUACAUUCCAGUGAGAAAAAAAAAACAACAAACAAACUGUGAGUACAGUGUGGCAUUUAUGAAAAGUCAGUUUAAGUGCAGCUAUUUUCAACUUUUGUUUAUGCAUUAACUAACAUGCAUGGAAAGUAAAUGUGCUUCUAAUGCUAAGAUUGUAUUGCAGAUUAAUAUAUUUAUUUAUUGUGAAGUUUCAUGUUUGUACCUGUUCACAGUACCUUUGACAAUCAAAGUACUUUCCAAGUGUCAUGACUAAAACUGUUUAGUUGUGUUUCUUGUUUUUAUUUUUGUGGAUUGACUUUAAAUCCAUUUUGUUGUUAGAACAAUUAAAUGGUCUUUAAUCUAAUUUA